UUCAAAAUUUUGCCGACCUGUUUACAAUGUCGAAUUCGAAGGGCGCAUGUGUCGUGCAGCCACCGUGUUUUGAAGAAGAGCGGCAGAGAGCUGCCAUUCAUGCUCUUCUGCCACAUACAGAAAGCAAAAACAAAGCGCUGUCCGCUGGCAAAAAUAAGCAAUAAGGAAAAAAACGCCACCCAAGGGGGUGGUUAAAGAGUGGUCUGCGAAACUCAUGAAAGUGAAAACGAGCACGUCGCUGGGCCAGCCAACUGCAUUCACACAUUCAGUUGGCUGCGAGUCCUUGCGCCGUUCGAAUCGCUGGCAAAUCAGCACCGCCCAUCGUCCAUCGUCCGUUGUACACCACCCACCACCCACCAUAGCCCACCUGCGUCUCGACCCGCAAGGUUGGCAAAAUACAGUUAUUCGAGCGCGAGUCCGCGGUUUGUGGACUGAAUUGAAUUGAAUUCAAUUCAAGCUGCAUGUCGUGUGAGUCCUUCGAGUGACGAGCUUUGCACUAUAAAGGAUAUUUAUUACAUUUACCAGAGCCAAAGUUCGCGUGUCUUUUUGUGUGUGUUUGUCGUCGUGUCGGGUCAGUUGAGCGUUCAAGGACUCUGGUGCAGCAAAUACAAAAUAUCAAGAAAACCAGUGCCAGAAACAACAAUAUGUGUGCAAUAAAGGCGAGAAACGUGACAGCAACGUGCCAAUAGUGAAAACCAUUGAAAACCUGAAAGCUGAACACAUUUGAGAGCCCGAGAAGGCGAGAAAAUAUUGCAGUUUAAUUAGUUAGCUCUUCCCCUGAUCACAAUGCAUUUCUGGAUUGACAAGCGAUCUCAACAGUGCGGAUUUGGACGCUCCCGCGUGGCGGCUUCUUUAUCCCACGCUGGCAGCGGACUGAGCUAUGGACAUCCGCCACGAAGGACCAAGUCGACCAGCUGCAGUGGCAACAAUGCCGGUGGCGUCGGACAGGGGCAGGCCAUGCCCCCGGUGCACCGAUCUCUGCCCCAGACGCCCUACGAUCUCCACCAGCCGGGAACAAGUCGCCAGUCGUAUGGCAACAAUAAUUCCCAGCAUGGCCAGCAUCAGCAGCAGCAACACUUGCAGCAACAUUCCAGCGGUGGCAACAGCAACAACAACAACUUGGCUGCCACCGGUACAACAACAACUGCCAGCAACAACAACAAUGCCAGUGGAAUAGCCUCCUCGGCAGCAGUUCUCACCGGAAGCGGCACCAUCGUGCCCCUUGUGGCACGUGGCUCGCACUACAGUCACCACGGCAACACGCGCUACCAGCCGAGGACGCAGCAGCAACUGUUGCACCAGCAGCAGCAGCAGCACCAGCAGCAACAUCAACAGCAACACCAGCAUCAACAGCAGCAACAUCAACCGCAGCAGCAACACUACAGCUAUCACCAUCCGCAGUUUGGCAACAUGGCGGUGCCCGUGCGACAUUACGAUGCACAUCAGCAGCAGCAAUAUUCGAGCAAUGUCUAUGCGGACGAUGCGUACAGCGCCUACCACCACACCGGCCACCAGCAGCACAGCAGCAACCACUCGACCAGCGGCAGCAACAACCAUCGACAAUCGAGCGCCUAUGCCACGCCGCGUCGCCACAACUCCAGCAACGAGUUCCGACAACAGGCGGUGGCCACAUUUGUGGCAGUGGCUUCUGCCACGGCAGCCAACGCAGCAGCCGAGUCAGCUAAUCCGGCGCCAACUGUUGCCGCUGCACCGGCGACAAUGGCAACCAGCAACCAGCUGCAGCAGCAACACCAUGCGUUGCUGCAACACGCGGACUCGCAACUGCUGCCCAGCCACCUGAAGUGCGGCAUGUGUGCCUCCUUAGUUUUGGCCUCCGUGUUUGUGGCAGGCACCAAGUUCUACUUCGAUCACCAGGGAACCGGCCUGGAGGUGCUGAUCUUCUGCGCCUUCUCGGCCACCUUCUUCCUGGCCGCCUGUUUGGUCAGUCUCUGCAGGAUUCCCAAGGGGAUGCUCUCCACCUCCAAUCGCUCGGAUGCCCGGGCAGCUGUGUGCCACAGUCGCGGUGGAGUGAAUUCAUCCCUAACAGGAGCGGGAUCGGGAACGGGAGUGAACCGCUCCGUUGGCUGUUUGCUGGAGAUGAACGAGGUGCGGUAUCUGGAGGAGCAGCAGGUGGCCGCCGUGGACGGGACGGCGGCCACGGCUGGACCACCGCCCUAUCAUAUAGCCAUCUUGCUGCCGCCGGAACAAACGCCGGCGAAUCUGGGCAAAACGCUUCCGGUGGAUGAGACGCCGCCGCCUUCGUAUGAUAAGAUUGUCGUUUAGGCCGUCGAGGAAUUGAGCCAAGCCCUCGAUGGUUGCACAAUGCCAAGUCUUUUGCUCAAUAUUUUUCUAACAAAGAGAUAUCACAGUUUAUAUGAACAUUUACACGGCAUUCGUAUAUAUAUAUAAAGAUACAUAUAUAUAUCAGAUAAACAUAUAUGCAUACAUGAAUAUCUACUUUUAGGCUCCGAGUAAUAUUUUUACACUUUCUAUGCCUCGUUCUAGAACUCAAACUCUUCCACACAAAAAACCCGAACAUGUCAUAUAUAUUCUACUGUCAUUUUUGUUCUGUGAUAUGCUCAAGAGAUCAAGAAAUCAUAAGCUAUAGUGACCGCGAGAUCAAUGUGCGUUAAACCAUUAGAUACAAACACAAGAAGCCAGUGCAACGAGAAAAUAUGUAGAAAUAGCUGAUACAGAAAAUUAAGAGUCAAUCAGCAGUAUUAGUAGGCAGUUAAGUAAUAAACUAACCAAUCAAAUGCCCAAUUCUCCUACAAAAUACCAAAAGAGAAUGCAAUAUAUUUAGUAAUUAUAUUAAAUAAAGAGAUCUUAAAUGAUUUA